CUUGAUACGGCGGGAGCGGCAGGUGAAGCAUCCACUGCGGGUACGUUUAUGUUUCUUCUGAUCGGGAGCAGGCGGCAGUGUGGACGAGUGGUUAUGUAGGGGAUAAGGCGAGACGGAAAUGGGUUGAGCAGGAUGCUGGCUCCCCGGGGGAUGAUUGUUGCCAUGCCACAUGGUUAAGCCGUGGGGGGAUUGGGGAGGAGCGAAGAAGGCAGCCAACUGGUGGGAGGGGUGCUGGAGUGGUAUUUGAUGCGGGUGAUGGUGGAACUGAUUCUGAAGCUGAAGCUGCUGCUGCUGCUGCUGCUGCUGAUGAUAAUGAUGUGGGAUCUGAAAUUGUUGCUGCUGGAGAUGGAACUGGAGAUCCGAGCAGGACAGAUCGGGCAGACGGGCACCCGUCAUGGAGGCUCUGGAAGGAGGGGGAUUCGACGGCGCCAUGGUCGUCGGAGGCAAACGAACAUGCACAACGACGAUGAUGACAACGACUUGACACGGCAGACGGACUCAGAAGGUGGCGGCAUAGACUGUCAAUUAACCAUCAGUUUUGGGUUGAUCUAGUUGAUAUCCCAGAACUUAAAAUCGGUGAGCGUAAUAGAAAAGAUAGAGAGAAAAAAAAGAGCUCUCUAUCUAACUAACAAGGGAAAAAAGAACGAAAAGAACGAAAAGAACGAGAAGAAGAAGAAGAAGAAGAAGAAGAAGAAGAAGAAGAACUAAAAGAGCGGAGGAGACCGACAGUCAUCGCAAGCUGGUGGGGAGAGGGAGAGGGAGAGGAGAGGAAGAGGAGAGGAAGAGGAAGAGGGGGGGGGGGCCAUAUGGGAGGUGGUCCCAGAUCCACCGUUCUAGUGCCCACUGUCAAUGUCACUGCGUACGGAAUAAUUAUCCGUACCUGGCUGAGAUGAAGACGGAUGGCAUCUGUGCAGGACAGAAUGGAGUCAAGGUAAGGCGGGCAGUG